CCCCGGGAGCGAUGCAAAGAAGAGCAGGAGGGAAGCGAUAAGUUAGGAGCGCACGAAGCCAGUCAUUGGCCGGACCUAUCCCGGGAUCGAACCCGAGGAGAAGCCAGAAGGAACCGGACUGGGCUGCACGGGCUCUGUCGUGGCGGGGGCGGGGGGGGAUCCAAAGCUAACGGAACUGGAGGGCUAGUGAAUUCGCCUGCCGGGACUGGAUUCGGGCGGAUUCUUUUCCUCCAUGUGGAGCCACCAAGCUGGAAGGGACCUCGCAGUCGACCGGAGUUGAGCCAGCCGAGCGAGGCGCUGCCACACCCGCCCACCGCCCCUGUUCCCAUGGAUAGCAGCGUCGUGGCGAUUAUCAUAGCCACCACAGUUUCUUCCUCCAUCUUCAUCGUGGCCAUUUUGGUGCUGCUGCUGCUUCUGUACCACCGGGACCCUCUGUGCUGCCAGUUCCUGUGCUCUUGCCGUUUCUUCCAGAGCCCCAGUCAGUAUGAUUGCCCCCCUCCCUACUUCAGCAGCAACCAGCGUCUGGUGGGACCACCGUCGGGGACGCCGCGUCUGGAAAGCGCAGCUGAAAACCCUGGCGUCCAGGGAGAUGAGCUGUUCUGUGUCGGACCCCCCAGCAGCUACCAGCUCCCACCGUGGGAGCAGCCGCGGCUGCCGAGCUACGAGAGCGUGCGGAAAAAGGAUCGCCAGCGGGAGAUCCACCAGAUGAUUGCCGAAAGGUUCGGCUUGUGGGCAGAGAUCUCCCCAGAGUUACCGCCACCCUACGAGCAAGCCCUGAGGUACCCUGCAACCUUACCAGGAACCGGAGCAGGUUCGGAGUUAUCAGCCGGACAGAGCUUGCCGGACAUGCUGCAAGCUUCUCCAACUUACCAUGCUCAGAGGAACACUUCGGUGUAGGCUGCAGGUUGGGUCCCGCCCCCCAGCCCACCCUGUGUCCGGGACAAUGCCAGAGUUUGG